AUGCCUUCCGCCGUGUCCACGCAGACAGAGACCCCCGUUUUAGAGAAAUAUGUCCCUGUCCCGGAGACGAAAUAUGAUCUCGACUGGGCUGACCUGGUCACUCUGGAUUUCUCCCAAUACGACCUCCCUGGUGGAAAGCAGAAACUGGCUGAGCAGCUGAAGGAUGCAGUUCACAAGAUUGGCUUCUUCUACAUAGUCAACUUUGGACUCUCCCAAGAAGACAUCGACCGACAAUUUGCCAUCGGCAAAGCCGUCUUCGCCCUCCCCGAAGAAGAACGACUCAAGUACCGCGCCAGCCUCGAAGAAGGCAUCUACAACGGCUAUCGACCGCUGGGCGCAAUCGAGAUCAAGCCAGGUCUCCGCGACAACGUGGAACUAUACAACAUCUUCAAGUUCGUCCCGCAAUAUGAACGCUCCCACCCAGCUGUGAUCAGGGAGCACUACGCCGAGAUCGAGAAGUUCCACCGCUACAUCCACGAGAAAAUCGUCUACAAGCUCUUCCGACUUAUCGCCAUCAUCCUCGAGCUGCCCGAGGACUACCUCAUCCCGGGCCACAGCUACGAAGGCGACUCCGACUGCCACCUGCGGUACAUGAUGUCGCGGGCACGCACUCCCGAGGAGAACGCAAAGUACGGCAACAUCUACACGCGCGGACACACUGAUUUCGGCAGUUUGACGCUUCUCUUCCGCCAGCCCGUCGCGGCGUUGCAGGUCAAAACGCCCGAGGGGGAGUGGAAGUAUGUCAAGCCCCUGCCCGGCAGUAUUACGGUGAAUAUUGCCGAUGCACUCCAGUUCUGGACGAAUGGGUAUCUCAAGAGUUCGAUUCAUCGGGUCAUUGCGCCGCCGCCGGACCAGGCGCAUAUUGACCGGCUGGGAUUGUUGUAUUUCGUGCGGCCUGGAGCGCAGCUGAACCUGAAGACUGUGGAGAGUCCGUUGUUGAAGAGGCUGGGACUGUUGGAUGGGGUCAAGGAUGGGGAUGUCACGGCUGGGGACUGGGUCAGGGCCAGGAUUCGCAGGAAUUGGGAGAAGCCUCCUGAGAAGCAGGAGAACCUGGCUCUUGGGGGGGUCAAGACGCAGGUUGUCUACGAUUGA